AUGCAGUUCGUCGAUUUCAAGACUCGUACUGCCACAAAAAAAGCAUGUAAUAGUGUCUACAGUCCUCCUAAGCCUAAACAUGUCCGAACCAUUAUAGUCAGAAGCUUUAAUGGAGGAGUUCCUACCUUUUACUCGGAGCUUGUCAAAACAUUGUCAUGCCUUGAUCCACUCAAGGUCUAUAAGUCUUUUGUUACACUUCACAAAGUCAUUAUCGAAGGUUCCCCGUCACUCUGUGGCGGGUAUCUUGAUGCUGUUCUUCCUACUGUGCACCAAGUGGCAAACACCACACAACGCCUCAAUGCAUGGUACGCUCUCCAGAAGCUCACGAAGUGUUAUGUGAAGUACUUGGAACUUCGCUUUGUCUUUAUUAUUAAGUUCCCAUUCUUCGAUGGCGCACUCAAAAUAGCAAAGAAAGUGCCAGAGGAAUUUUACACGGACAAACGAUCACUUGAGAUCUUGUCGUACUUAAUGGACUUGAUGGACACUUUGUUGGUCAUUCCAUUGCCCGUCAUUCACUCGUAUGGCGCAGAUAUUACUAAAUUGGACUGCGCAGUCCCACUCAUUAAUGACUCGUUCCAUUUGUUCAAUGCAAUUGCACUGUUUAUAGGAAACAUCGCGUUUGUGAACAACAACUCGGAAGUGUUCCAAUUCUUGUUUGGGAGACUCGAAAAGAUAUACAAGAGUCUGCAAAUGAUGUACGACGCAGCGAGAAAGAAUUCGUAUAUCACGUCUCUUAUCGGCGUACCUGUAUUGCCACCACUUCCCAAAUUCGAGAUUUCAGAGGAACAGAGAAGAAACUACUUCAAAGCACAUCCAAACGCUUUUAGUGGGGAAGACCAGAUGAAAAGUCUCUUUGAGAAAUCGUUCAAUUCCACCAUCGAGAAACAAAGGAGAAAAGAUGAGGCAAGGGCUCCAAUUUAUUCAGACGGAAGAGAAAACGAAGAAAAUGACAAUUUGAGAAGAGAUUUCAACAAAAAGGCGGGGAUUGAACGGAAUGAGAGGCAAAGUCAACCGUCUGUAGAAAACCAGAACUCUGUUGGUCAGGAAAAAAUUGGUAUUUACGAAAAGCAACAACUGAGGAUUAGAGAGGACUUGAUUAAUACAGGAAGAAGUCUGACACGGAGCAUACAAGGCUUUUUGGAUGUUAUUAACAUGUCACCCAAUUCAGACGAAGAACGAGUCGAAGAGAUGAUCAACUGCCUUAAUAAGGAAUUGGAAGACCCCGACAAUGUACCGGACAUUAAGACACAUAUUUGGAAGACGUUUUUGGCCAUCCCACACAUUCUUAGCGAAGACAAUGCAAGAGGCGUUGUCGAGAGAAAUCAAGAAGGCGUUGCGGCGAACUGUUUGAGUGACGUUGUUGAACUUGAAAACAAUUUGGUGAGAGUGUGUCGAAUGAACAAUAACAAAGACGACGUCACAGAGGCUGUCAACCAGUUUAUUUGUGAAUUGACGAAGCAGAAAGAACUGUUGGAUCAACAAGGAAAGAAACAAACGCAGAACGUGCCACUCUUUGACUUUUUGGGUACCGGAAAUGAAAUCAACAACGAUAAUAACGUGAAUUGCUUGAAUCAAAACGUUCAACAGAGUGUGGUGGAGAAUGCCAAUACCUCUUGUCAAAGCUUUGAUUACACCAUUCCUCAAAAUGGCCAACAGAACAAUACAAAAAUAUACCCAUCAAUGCCUCAACAAAAUGGGUUCACCAAUUUUCAAUAUUCACAACAGCCACAACAAAAUGUCGAUCUAAUCGAUGUCUUGGGACAACAAACAGUCGCUCAGAAUUAUCAACCUGCGCAAAACGUGCAAAGAACACCAAAUACACAAAAUGUCCAACAGAAAAAGCAGAAUGUCCAAAUUAUUCAACCCAAAGUGAUUGGGCCAAAACAAUAUGUGAGUGCACCAAAAGUCGAACCGAGCGUUGUACCAACAUACCCAGACAAUGAAGUGAAAGGAACCAAAUUUGUCGAUAUUAGCAGAGAAGUCUCAAAACAAAUACAAAGCUUGGACUCUGCCAAAAUAGCGCUGACUGCUAACCCGACAACAAAUAAGAUCAGUGGUGUGUUUGACAAGUUGUAUAAUUUAAUUCGCGUAGCUGGUGACUGUGAAGAAGACCGCCUGAGAAGUGGAAAGACUAAAGGAUCGAAUUUGUAUUAUGACAACGAAGUGUGGGAAGAAGGGCUCUUGAGUUGCGCUAAAAAGAUUGUUGAGUGGGCCAAGGCCAUAUCAGAAGAAACAAAUGCGACAGACGACUGGCUUGUUGCUGCUCUCAAACAGUUUUCUGCAUUGUCGUCUCAACUUGUUGCUGCCGCUCGAGCGACUUUAGACCCCAACUCGCCUCUUCUUAGAAUACUUGAGAACUGUUUGAGUGAGGUGAUUAAAGACGUCAACGCGCAUAUUCAGAGGAUAUUGGAUUCUCGUGUUAAGAAGGUUGUAAGUGUUAAAGUGUCGAGUAACCCAGUGACUGCCAAGAAGAAUUUGAUGGAAUCGGAAGUUAAAGUGUUGGAGCUACAAAGACAAUUGCAAGAGGCUCAAGACAAGUUGUAUCAACUUAGAAAGGAUCAAUACAAUUGA